CAAUAUUUUCGGUACCUGGACCGAGCACAUCGUCAUGAGUUUUGAAGCUGAGGUUUUACCAUAACCAUAAGCUUUUUUUUUUGUGUUGUGUAGUUUCCUCACAAACGAUGAGGAUUUUACGUUGAUGAUUGAAGUUGUUUUGAAAAUGGAGAGGCAGAAUGUUGUUAACUCCGGCGAGCGGUGGUAUGUGGAGUACAAGCUGCCGCUAGGAGAAGCGGCGGCCACUUUCAACCUAGAAAAAAGCGUAUGCAGCCAUGGUUUCUUCAUGACCGCCCCAAAUCACUGGGAUCCUCUCUCUAAAACCUUCCAACGUCCUCUACACCUCUUCCAUUCUCACCAACCACCCCUCACCGUCCAAAUUUCUCAACCGCCAGAAGCCGAUCAUCUGCUUCUCCGUGUCUUCCACUCCGGUGGUGUGGAUCUCUCUCCUGCACAUGAGCAAUCCUUAACGGAGCAAGUGAGGAGGAUGCUGCGUCUGUCAGAUGCAGAGGAGAAGAAAGUGAGGGCCUUUCAAGAUGUUUAUGGUGAAGCUAAGUCAUCAGGUUUUGGGAGAGUUUUUAGGUCUCCAACCUUGUUUGAGGAUAUGCUCAAGUGCAUUCUCGUCUGCAAUUGCCAGUGGUCUAGGACAUUAAGCAUGGCUAGAGCUCUUUGUGAACUGCAACUGGAGCUGCAGAUUACUAAUAUUGCUCCAAAAACUCCUGCAGGGAAAGAAUCGAGCAAACGCAAGAUUAAAUCAAGAAAUCUUGGAAAAAGGUGCGGUGAAGAAGAUGUUAAAUCAACAUGUGAAGCAGAUGGAACCUUAAAGGUGGAUGAAUUAAAUAGUGAAAAGACAGAAUUGCCCUUCCACAGUGCCAUGGGGAACUUUCCUGGCCCAGAAGAAUUAGCAGGCCUUGAUGUAGAUUUUCUGGGAAAGAGGUGCAAUCUUGGUUAUAGAGCGAGUCGCAUAUUGGGCCUUGCUCAAAGCGUUGUUGAAGGUAGGAUUAACCUUAAGAAACUUGAACAAGAUUGCGGUGGGGAAGCAUCUUUAUCCAAUUACAUGAAGAUAAAUGAGCAAUUGGGAGAAAUUAAUGGUUUUGGGCCUUUUACGCGCGCCAAUGUGCUCAUGUGUUUGGGAUUCUAUCAUGUAGUCCCAUCCGAUUCUGAAACAUUAAGGCAUUUGAAUCAGGUUCAUGGAAAGAAGUCAACGAUUAAAAACAUCCAACAAGAUAUUGAAAUGAUCUAUGGGAAGUAUGCACCCUAUCAGUUCUUGGUGUACUGGUCAGAAAUAUGGUCCUUUUAUGAAGAAAGGUUUGGGAAGCUGAGUGAACUGCCUAACACUCACUAUAAACUCAUAACUGCUGCAAAUAUGAGAUGCAAAAAUGACAAAGCACUCAAGCGGCUAAAAAAGGAACAAUGAGUCUUGGAAUGGACUUCUAGUUUUAUAAUUAUUGUAACCAACUAUAAUGUCUUUAAACGAUGUUGUAUGUUUUCGUCGCCACAACACUUGUACCCUACCAUAACCUUUAACCCGUAUGACUUUCCUUUAGCUUUAUCAUACCCCGCUCUCUUAGAAAACA